AUGUCCUUCUUUCAAAAGUUGGAACAUUUGAGAAAACAAAAUGGUGAUAAGAAUUUUUCAACACCAUCCGAAAUAACUAGUGGAUGCAUUAAUAAUGACGAUAGUGAUGAUAAAAUCUAUGAUGGAAAUAUUUUGGAAAUUAAAUUUGACAAGGAUUCGGAAUCAAAUAAAUCAACUUGGAAAGCAACCCUUCACUUUCUUACUGGUGAUUUAUUUCCUAUGAAAAAUUUCGUACUGAGUAAGAAGAAAGAGACAAAAUCAAGCACACAACGUGGAGAGGUUUCAUUCCUAGAACAGAUCAUUUCAUUCAUUGUUGAAAUAAUAUCAUCCUCAGAGGGACUUGGCCCGGGAAGAGUGUGUAUGCUGAUUGGUUGUAUAUUUGGAUUGGGUGGAUAUCUAUAUUAUAGGUGGAUCUAUCUAAGAAGAAGAGAAAUAAGAAAGGACUUUGUUGAUUUUGCUCUUGAACAAAAAUUCAAAUUCAUCAAGUGA